GACGCAUGCGUUCUUUGUGACGCCCUUUGCUGCCAUUUUGGUGGGACAGGAAGGUUGUACUGCACCGCGACGGAGUUUGUCAGCAUGUUUUCCCGGCUAGCUCGUCCCCAGAACCUCGCCGCCCUGGCAGGGGCACUGAGGAACUUCUCCACCACCUCAGCGUGUAACAACAAAGUUGCAGUUCUUGGUGCCUCCGGUGGAAUUGGCCAACCGCUGAGCCUCUUGCUGAAGCACAACCCAGCCAUCACACAGUUGGCUCUGUACGAUAUCGCACACACGCCCGGCGUGGCCUGCGACCUCAGCCACAUCGAGACCGGGUCAGAUGUGAAGGGUUACCUUGGAGAUGCGGAGCUGGGGGCGUGUCUGGAAGGAUGCGACGUCGUGGUGAUUCCUGCUGGUGUUCCCAGGAAACCUGGUAUGACCAGAGAUGACCUGUUCAACACCAAUGCCUCCAUCGUACGAGACCUGGUGAAGGCCUGUACCCAGCACUGCCCUACUGCCUUCCUACUCCUCAUUACUAACCCUGUUAACUCCACAGUGCCCAUCGCCUCUGAAGUGUGCAAGGCUGCCGGCACAUACGACCCCGGCAGGGUCAUUGGGGUCACGACCUUGGAUGUGGUCAGGGCCAACACCUUCGUGGCUAACCUGAAGGGUCUGAACCCAGCGGAUGUUAAUGUUCCCGUGGUCGGAGGUCAUGCUGGCAAGACCAUCAUCCCUCUCAUUUCACAGGCUACUCCGUCUGUGGAGUUUGAUCCAGAGACACUGGACAAUCUGACCAAGAGAAUCCAGGAUGCUGGUACUGAGGUCGUCAAUGCUAAGGCUGGAGCUGGAUCAGCUACACUGUCCAUGGCAUAUGCUGGGGCCAGGUUUACCAACUCACUCCUUGCUGCAUUGAACGGGAAGGAAGGAGUGAUUGAAUGUGGUUUCAUCAAGUCUUCUGAGACGGAGUGUUCCUACUUCUCCACUCCUCUUCUCCUUGGGAAAAACGGCAUUGAGAGGAACCUGGGGCUGGGGAAGCUGAGCGACUUUGAGACGAAACUGGUGGAAGACGCCAUGGACGAACUUAAGGGCUCCAUCGCGAAGGGCGAGAAAUUUGUCUCACAAUAAAAGCUGUCUUCAAAUAGUUGCCAUCAUGGUUCCAACAACUUAGCUGUGACUUUUAUGCUUUCAAAUGAUAUCAACAUCCCUGUAGUCGACAUGGUACAAUCCAAACUAUACAUUACUGACAUACUUUUCCGGACAGUUCCACUUGAUCAGAAGUGGGUUUUUACACAGUGCAUACAACCGUGAUAAGCAGUAUUUUCUUGUCAGUCAGAGGAGAUCUUUUUGAUCAUAGCCACAGAUAGUAGAAUACCUCAACACAUGCAGCUGCUUUGAUACUACUUUUGUAGAAUGAAAUGGAUUUACUAUCUAAAUAUACUAUAUAUAUGAUGUGUGGAGACUAUAGUUUAUGCUGUCAAUAUGAAUUUAUUGGUGACUAGGAUUGUGUAUGUACCUGGUGACUAGGAUUGUGUUAAUUCAUAAGGAAGAGUGUAACAAACACAUAUCGUUAAAGCAUGUGGUUUUAUGUGGAUUGCAGGAUCGAUUACACAUUUCCUAAGAAACCGGUUUCAACUUUCAAUCUGAAUGCCUUUCAGUUAUCCUAUAUCUAGGAACGGGGCAGUUUUAUAAGCCGCUUCCACAUCAAUGUGGUUACAACAAUCUGUCACGGUGGUUAAGAGAGACUCCUAUUGAUUAUCUAUAGUACUGCAACAGCACAACUUCAAAGAGAGAGACCUUGAUUGUUUCACAA